UGUGUGUGGAUAUCGCUAGCUCUUUCUUUCUUUUUUCUUUCGAUUCUUUUUUAUUACAUACACAACGCAUUUUGUGAUGGACAAGUGAUCAUCAAAUAAAUCUAUGACCUUUAAUCGUUAACAUCACAUUUCAUUAACUUUCAUUUUUGGUGAAGUUUUAGCUACUGAGAAGAUAUGGGGACGGUAGCUGAUGAUAUCAGACAACUAUUAAAAGACUGUGAGCUGUUUGUCUUUGAAAUACUUCAGGAUGAGAAUCUCAGUGAAGCUGCUCAGGAAUCAAGAGAAAUUCUCCUACGAAAUUUUCAUGUCAUCCAAAAGAGGCAUCCACAAGAAUUUCCCCACAGAUUUGAAUCCACUCUUGAGGAUAGUUCAGAUGACAACCAGAGCUCCAGUGUGGGACGCUCUGCCCCCUCAGAUGACAUGUCAGUGGCCUCUGACUACCAGGAGGAAGGUGCCCCAGAGCUUUUUGAAGAGAUCCCUAUGGUGGCUGCACAGGACCUGAGUAACAUUCUAAAGCAAGGUUACCUGGAGAAGAAAAGACGGGAUCAUAGUUUCUUUAGCAUGGAAUGGCAAAAGCGAUGGUGCGUUCUGAACAACACCAUAUUUUAUUAUUUUGGGAGUGAGAAAGAUAAGCAGCAGAAGGGCUCAUUUUAUAUCAAUGGCUACAGUGCAGAGCUGGUGCCCAGCUUACGCAAAGACUCUAAGAAGAAUUCAUGCUUUGAGAUGAGUGCUCCUGGAAGACGUUCUUACCAGUUUACCGCCAGCAGUCCCCGUGAGGCCAGGGAAUGGGUGGACCAGAUCAAUUUUGUUCUAAAGGAUCUGAGCUCUAACUUCAUCCCCUUUGACGAUGAUGAGGAAGAGGAGGUUGAAGAAGAGGAAGAAACAUAUGAUGACAUUGAACGAGCAACCACACCACCACCACUACGUCCUGGGCCAGCGCCUGCACCUAUUCCAACACCAAGUCUGAAACAAACCCCCCAGAGCACCCGUAAGGAAUGGAAGGAACAAGCUGGGACUCAAGAAGAAGAAGAAGAAGAAGAGGAUGAAGAGGACAUUUAUGAGGUGCUUCCAGAUGAUGAAAACUCUGACCAUGCUGAAGAGGGCAGUGAAAAAGCCGGGUCUUCAGACUAUGCAAAUUAUUACCAGUGCUUGUGGGACUGUGAAGCAGAUGGACCAGAUGAGCUGGCCUUCCAAAGAGGAGACAUUAUCUACAUCCUCAGCAAGGAAUAUAACAUCCAUGGAUGGUGGGUUGGGGAGCUGGAUGGUUCUAUUGGCAUAGUCCCAAAGGAAUUUUUACAUCCUGCCUAUAUUCUAUAAGGUCUGCUUUUUAAUGAAGAUAUAUGGAAUCAGUUCUUUGCCAGCUGAUCUAAUGUUUGUCAUUCAUUGGAGAGCCAAUUGUAAAUUUCAUUUUAGUUAAUUUUUUAGAAACAGCUUACCUAAAAAAAAAAACCCGUCUACGACCAAAUAAUUUCCUUCCUUGACUUUGUUUGUUUUAUAUAAGCCUAUAUUGUUUUAUAUAUGUUGUAUAGUGUACACUAAGAGGCUUAUAUAAAAGUGAUAUCAGUUGUCUAUGCUCAUUCUUUUGAAAAAACAUUUAAAAAACA